AUGAAACAAUUUCAAACACCAAAUUCAUGUCAUUCAAGAAAAGGUAGUGCUAAAGUUAAUAGACAACCAUUUGCCAUUAUAAGUAAUUGUCCAGAAUUCUAAUAAUGUGCCAAUUAUUUAUAAAGUAAAGUAUAAGGAUUGGAAAUGAGAGUUAAAAAUCUUAAUAGUCAUCAUGCAAGUGAAAAUAGAUCAACUACAGCAUCUAAAAAUACAUAAAAUUAAUCUCCUUUCAAUACACAUAAAUAAAGCAAGAAAUAUGGAUCUAAUAAACAAAUUGACACUCAAAGUUAUUAUGAAACAAUUAUCAAUAAAAGAUUAGAAAAUAUAAGUAAAAUUGAAUAAUCACCAAUCAAAACAGAAUAAUCAAUUAAUUAAGAUAAAUAUUCAGUUCAUAGUUUAGUUAGCCAUUAAACAAGAUUAAGUUAUAAUUGUAUUCAGAAAAUACAAACUUUAACCAAAAGACUAAGAUAAUUUAAAUUAGUUAAAGAUUAAAAUCAAGAUGAAUGUGCUCCAUCUUUAGCUAAAAUUAAAUGUUUUUGCCAAGAAUUCUCAAAUGAAUGUUUUGAUUUCUAUAGAUGCACCGAUCUAAUUACUUUAAAAUAUUUUAUUUAUUUACUCUUAUAAGAAUUGAAUAGUAAUUCAGAGACAUUUAGGGGAAAUGAAAAUUAAAAUUAUGAAUAAUAAAUUGAAUAUUUAAAAUCUUAAUUGGAUAAUUAAAAUACUGAAUAAAUGACCUUUAAAGGGUAAAUAAAGUUAUAAAAAAUGGUUUAUGAUACAUAAAAUCUUAUAUAAGAGAUAAUUUAGUAAUUGUAAUCUUAAAAUAAUUAAAAUGUAUUGACUAAUUAAGUUGAUAUGUUGAAUAAAUAAAUAAAAUCACUAAAAGAUAAUAUGAGUCAAUAACAAUUUUUAAAAAGUUCCUUUGGUGUAAAUUUAGCUAAUUAUGAAACUAAUGAAAAUAACAAUUCUCUUAUUAAUUAAUCAAAUUAUAAAACUAAUGAAGAUAGAUUCAUAACUUAAAUGAGUUCUAAAUCAAAAUCUCCUUAUUGCAGAAAUACUAGAAAGAUAUAAAUGGAAGGAGAUUCAUAAAACAAUUUGAGGUUAUUAGAAGAAUAAACAAUUAUAAAUAGAUAGUUGAUGGAAAAGAUUUUUGAAUUAUAGUCUUCAGAUAAAUAAAAUUAUACACUUUAAGAAUUGUAAGAUUAAUUGAAUGAAAAAAAUAAAUAAAUCAAUGAACUUUAAAAGAAUGUAAAGAAUUAAGAAUGUUAUUCUGAACUAAAUUAAAGAAUUUUAGAUAUAAGUAAUAACUUAGACAAUGUGAUUCAAUAAAAUUCUACAUUGACUUAAGAAAAUGAGUUGCUAAAAUUAAAAAUUGAAUAAAUGAAAUAAUAAGAGAUAAAAUAUUUUGAUUUACUCUAAGAGAAUAAUAAAUAAUGUUAAUAGCUAAAUUUAAUUAUUNUGUAUUCAGAAAAUACAAACUUUAACCAAAAGACUAAGAUAAUUUAAAUUAGUUAAAGAUUAAAAUCAAGAUGA